AUGAGCCGCAAUGAAGUGGAGACUAUGCUAAGGCCGACGAGGAGAGUAGGACGACAGUUUGGAGUUGGCUCCUCGACGCAGGGAUUCCUGGCGAAUGUGCAUUAUCAAGCCGAGAUAAAUGACCGAAAUGUGAUUGGAGUUGCGAGCUUUCUAAAUGAGUCUGCCCGCUACUCAGAUCUAGCUCUCUUCGAAGAAAAGUUGGCACCGGGUGCUCUUGGUCAAAACAUGACGGUAUUUUCCAUCAACGGGGCUCCGAAUGAUCAAAGUCCUGGGAGCAGCACCGAGGCAAAUCUGGAUAUUCAGCACGUCAUAGAUAUGGCGAAUGGUGUUCAUGUCACCGAGUUCAUCACCGGACUUGCCUAG